AUGGUCUGGCUAUUCACCCAUGGCCGGCGGCAGGCAAUCAAAGACAGCCGCGCGCACGGCACCUCCAGUCGGCCGCUGGCCAUUUCCCCUCAUUAUAUCAUGGCAUCAGUGCGCUCGACUUUUGCGCCUCCCUCCAAACCUCACGGGUCACAGCACCGUCCGAGGGCUGUCCAAGAUGCAGAGAGCUCGUUGAAGAUGCAACAUUCGCCGGCCCUGCGCAGUUUUCACCAAGGAACAUUGCACUAG